AUGACUGUACCAGCCUCGACAUUUGAUGCUAUUGUCCUAGACCUUGGAGGGGUCUUGAUCAAGACCCCUGCUCGUAUCUCUACUAACGAAGCCAUCCCACCUCACAAACGCUACACUUCAACCUUACCGUGGAUGCAAUAUGAGUGUGGUGAGAUUGAAGAGACCACAUGCUACGAGCUCGUUGGAAAGCAGUUCAAGUUCGAUCCAUCAGAGCUCAGCAAGGCAGUUGGUCUCGCACGCACCACAGUCGAAUAUGACCAGGAAAUAGUAUCCUGGAUCCGAGCUUUGCGAAAAGAGCACCCCUCGCUCAAAGUUUUUGCCAUGUCAAACAUCUCCAAGCCUGACUUUGAUGCCCUUCAUACCCGAUGGGGUGCUACAUUCUGGUCAUUGUUUGAUGAUAUCUUCACUUCAUCUGCCGCUGGUAUGCGGAAACCCAAUUUUGGAUUUUACCAGCACGUCUUGAAGUCCACUGGAAUAGAGCCUCAGAGAAUCAUCUUUGUGGACGAUAAGAUACAGAACUUUGCAGCUGCUCAAUCUUUAGGAAUGCACAGUAUUCUCUUCGAAGAUACGUCGGUGUUAGCUCGAACCGUGAAAAACAUCCUUCAUGACCCAAUUGUUCGUGGGAAGGCCUAUUUGCAAGACAAUGCAAAGCAGCUGAAUUCAUUCACGGACAGUGGUGUUAAUUUUAUGGAAAACUAUGUUCAAUUGCUGAUUUUGGAGGCCACGGGUGAUGAAGAACUUGUGAUUCUGGACAAGCCCGAUUGUCGCCAGGCAGAAUUUUGGAACUUCUAUUGCGGAACACCUCCUUUUGGUUUGGAAAGUUUACCAAAUGACAAUGAUACUACCGCACUGGCCUUGCAAGUUGUCAAAUACAACGAUGCGAUUGCACACUCCCUUCUUGACCAGAUGCUUGAGUGGAUGAAUGUAGACGAUAUCAUGAUUCUAUAUCAUGACCUCAACAGACCAAGGGUCGAUGCUGUCGCUAGUGUGAACCUAUGUGCUUCAUUCUAUCUUUACCAGCGAGGACAUCAGGUCCAGAAAAUGUUCAACUGGGUCCGCAACGUCCUUUACCACAGAGCAUAUUCAAAGGGCGCGUAUUAUUACCGCUGCCCGGAUUGGUUCUUAUUCUAUGUGAACCGACUGCUCGUGGUUACGAAAGAUCCAACUUUGGCGGAAACUAUCGGGCCACUACUGAAGGAUCGAGUUCAAGAGCGUGUUGGACUCCCUGGUGACAGUAUUGCCCUGGCAAUGCGGCUUGUCGUAUGUAACUCGAUGGCGGUAUACAAUUACCAGGACUUUGAGGCACUCAAGGACCUGCAGAUGGAGGACGGCGGUUGGGAGGCUGGAUAUCUAUAUAGCCUUCCAAUUGAAGGAAAGAAGAUGAUGAACCGCGGCCUUGGUACAGCACUUGCUAUCCAAGCACUUAGUGGAAGGACCAGCAAGCCGUGA